AUGGACUAUAAAGAGAGACUCAGUCAAUUCGAAUCCAUACUGAGCACAAAGAAUCUUGCUCAAGAUCCCACGAUAGAUCUUUACAAAUUUCGACAUUUAUGUUUUCUUGGCAUUCCCGAUAAACCUGGUAUUAGGCAAAAAAGUUGGAAGAUAUUAUUGGGUUAUCUACCUCUUGAUAAGAGAAAAUGGAAAAAAGCGCUUGCUGAGCAAAGAUCAACAUAUUACAGUUUCGUCAGAGAUUUACUGGUAGACCCAAGCAAAGAACAACCUAUAGAUUAUCGUUCUUCUGAUGAUCAUCCUUUAAAUUAUUCACCAAGUUCAAAGUGGGCCGAAUACUUUGCUGAUAAUGUAAUACUUGAACAAAUUGAUAAAGAUGUUAGAAGAACAUUACCAGACUUUGCAUUCUUUCAACAACCAGUUCCUCAAAGUCCAUUAAGUCCAUUAAGUCCGAAUCUUACCGCAAAAUACAUAAAUAGAAUGAAUGGCACACGAUCACCGUCCAUCCUAGAAACUUUAGAUAGUAUUAAUGAUGAUGAUGCUAGCUUUAGCAUUUAUAGUGAUUCCACCAUUUUGACAAAUCCAGAAUCUGAAUCUGAAGUUUCAAAUUUAGAUCCUCAAUUGGCUAUAAUAUCUCAAUCAAUUCCAUUUCAAAUGGAUGUUACAACUCCUGUUGAACCAAUUACUACUCGUAGAUCCAUAUUUAAACGUGUUCAACAUUUAAAUAAAGAAUUUGGGAAUAGACGUACUCCUUCUCCUGCACCAAGUUAUAGGUCUGAUGGGUCACGGGAUGAGGAUACCGAGGUUGAUUUACAUUGGGAAGCCGUUGAACGGAUUUUAUUCAUAUAUGCAAAAUUGAAUCCUGGUGUUGGGUAUGUUCAGGGUAUGAAUGAAAUACUUGGUCCUAUUUAUUAUACUAUGGCUAAUGAUUGUGACGAAGAAGGAAAAGCACAUGCGGAAGCCGAUUCAUUUUUUGUAUUUACCCUCUUAAUGUCUCAUAUUCGUGAUUAUUUUGUUCGAAGUUUGGAUAUGGACGAUACAACCGGUAUCGGACAUACAAUGAAAAAAAUGAUUCGGCGAAAAUCUUUACACCCUACGUACUAUUCAUUUCGUUGGUUAACUGUUAUGUUGACUCAAGAAUUCGCUCUUCCAGAUGUUAUUCGCCUCUGGGAUUCAAUAUUUGCUGAUAGUGAUGAUGAUGAAGAACUAUCCAGUGGAUUUGAAUUUUUAGUUGAUUUAUGUUGCGCUAUGCUCAUAUGCGUGAAAGAAGAAUUACUUGAUGGAUCAUUUGCAGAUAACAUCAAACUUUUACAAAACUAUCCAAUACGUGAUCCUGCGAUGGUUUUGUUAAAAGCAUAUUCAUUACGUGAAAGUCGCCUUGUUGCCAAACUAAAUGGAGAGGAUAUCGAUUCAUCUUCAGAAUCAGAAGGCGACGACUACGAAUAUUUACCAUAUAAUAAUGACAACAUGGAUUAUGAUUCAACUAUAAUACAACAUCCAUCAACGGCAAAUGCAAAUGAUAUGAGAAUUAAAGGGUUGGCAAUGUUGAAAAAACUUCAAGGGGCCAUGAAUGGUAUAAAUAGUAAGGGAUUAAAUGGUCAUAAAAAUGGGGUUUUUGGUAUAUCGAACAAUAACAAUGAUGGUAUUAAUGUGAUGAGCGAAUUUGCAAUGAAGUUUACAAAUGCUUGGAAGAAAAAUUUUAUCGAUUAA